AUGGCUUCUCGAUUUUCUUUCUCCUAUUCCAAGAAAUUCCGAGGAAGUGCGCAACGUCGCGAUUGUUCGCCAGUGCGAUGCCAGCCGUAUCUUAUUCGGGUAGAGGACAGUAACGUUGCGAAAGGUCCGGACGUACGAGAAUCAUGGUGCGGUGCACCAAGUUGUUCUGGAAGAUGCGAAGAAGAAUAG